UCUGUGCUGCGCUGAGCUGAGCUCUGCUCUCCUCCACGGCUUUUAAACGCGUACUGAUUUAGAAACGAGCCAACGAGCUGCAGAUCACUGCGAGCGAAAACGGGAUUAUUGGACCUUUUAAGGCUGUUUUGGGGAACGUUGCUGUGGAAUGUAUUCUGCUGACAGCGCGUUGGGAGAAGAUAUGUAGUAGUUUCGCCAGUAUUUUCGCUGUUUUGUCGCUUUUGUUACGGUUUUAUUUUGGUUGGUGGGGACCUCCUCGCUUCAACUCGGCAACUCUCCAUUGACAUUCCCUGUUUUUGGCAGUUCCUCUGUUUUGCCGCAUGCGGAGGAAAUGGCAACCGCUCUCAGUGGCCGGGGUCUGGGUGGACGGACGCAGAACCAGCGGAAAGGCCGGAUUCUGGGCUUUAUCGAUGCCAUCCAGGACGUGGUGGGACCUCCCAAACAAGCCGCCGCCGACAGGAGGACGGUGGAGAAAACCUGGAAACUCAUGGACAAAGUGGUGAGAUUGUGCCAAAACCCCAGGCUACAGUUGAAAAACAGCCCUCCUUACAUCCUGGACAUCCUGCCGGACACCUACCAGCACCUGAGGAUGAUCCUGUGCAAGUACGAGGAGAACCAGAAACUGGUUCAGCUCAGCGAGAACGAUUACUUUAAAGUCUACAUCGACAGUCUGAUGAAGAAAUCCAAACGGGCUAUCCGCCUCUUUAAAGAAGGCAAGGAGAGGAUGUACGAGGAGCAGUCGCAAGACAGGCGAAACCUCACCAAGCUCUCGCUCAUCUUCAGCCACAUGUUGGCCGAGAUCAAGGCCAUCUUCCCCGAUGGCCAGUUUCAGGGAGACACUUUCCGCAUCACCAAGGCCGACGCUGCCGAGUUCUGGAGAAGAUUUUUCAGUGAAAAGACGAUAGUGCCGUGGAAAGUGUUCCGUCAGUGCCUUCACGAAAUGCAUCCCAUCAGUUCAGGUCUGGAGGCCAUGGCUCUCAAGUCCACCAUCGACCUCACCUGCAACGACUACAUCUCUGUUUUUGAGUUUGACAUUUUCACGCGCCUCUUUCAGCCAUGGGGGUCUAUUCUGAGGAACUGGAACUUCUUGGCAGUAACUCAUCCAGGCUACAUGGCCUUCCUCACCUAUGACGAGGUGAAGGCACGACUUCAGAAGUACAUCAACAAACCUGGCAGUUACAUUUUUCGUCUGAGCUGCACGCGGCUGGGCCAAUGGGCCAUCGGCUACGUCACCAGCGAUGGAAACAUCCUGCAGACCAUCCCCCACAACAAACCGCUCUUCCAGGCACUCAUCGACGGCUGCCGGGAAGGCUUCUACCUGUUCCCUGAUGGUCGCAGUUAUAACCCGGACCUCACUGGCCUGUGUGAGCCCACCCCACACGACCACAUCAAAGUCACACAGGAGCAAUACGAGCUGUACUGUGAGAUGGGCUCGACAUUUCAGCUGUGUAAAAUUUGUGCAGAGAACGAUAAGGAUGUGAAGAUUGAACCUUGCGGUCACCUCAUGUGCACCUCCUGUCUCACAGCGUGGCAGGAAUCAGAUGGCCAAGGCUGUCCGUUCUGCCGCUGCGAGAUUAAGGGCACAGAGCGCAUCAUUGUGGACCCCUUCGACCCACGCAACGAAGGUGCCAAGUGCUUCUUCCUCGAGCAGUUCAACUCUCCCAUGCUGGAUCUGGACGACGACGAUGACCGAGACGACUCGCUGGUUAUGAACGGCCUGGCCAGCAUCAGGAAGUGUACUGAGCUUCAGAACUCUCCAGUGAUGUCCCCCAGCUCGUCUCCUGUAAGCCAGCGCAGAAAAGCCAUGGCUGAACAUGCAAGCAAUCAGCACCUCACCCUGCCUCCCGUACCACCUCGACUCGACCUCAUCCAGAAGGGGGUGAUCCGCUCACCUGCUGCCAGCCCCACCGGCUCACCAAAGUCAUCGCCUGGAAUGGCCAGGAAACAGGACAAGCCCCUCCCUGCCCCUCCACCUCCACAGAGAGACCCCCCUCCUCCCCCUCCACCCGAACGCCCUCCACCCAUCCCUCCCGAGGGCCGAGCAGCAUGGAUCGCCUCGCCCUCCUCCGGACUGCCCAGAGACCCCGUGCUGCCCUCAGAGGCCUGGACCCCGAAGGACAGCAGCCCCCUGUUAGACAGCAGAACAGGAGUGGAGCGCUCACCUAAACUUGCCCACGUCGCCCCUGCUCAUAUCAACGGAAGACCCCUCAGCUGCAACAUUGAAUUCGGGGCCAACCGAUCCAGCUACAGACCAGACACACACACAGACUGCAGCAAGCCCCUCUCCAAUGGCCUGAUGCUCUCAGAUGAGUAUGAUGUACCUCCUUUGCGGCAUUCCCCUCCUCCACCCUCCCUUACCAGCAACAGCAACCAGAGGUUUAACAAUCCAUUCAGCAGCCCAUGCUUGGAGCGAUCACGGCUAUUAACAGAUAGAGUAGAGGAUGAGUAUCAAAUCCCUUCAUCACACCCUGUAUGUAUCACACAGCCUCCCGUCUGCAUCUCCGUACGCAUUCCUAGCAGGGGUUUAGAGAACGGCUCGUCAGAUCUGUCCUCGGAGGGGAAGAAGCCCAAAGUUCCUGAGCACAGUGGGUUCGACUCUGGCUUGUCGCUUUCGGGUGUGGUGCACCAAACACAGUGUCCCCUCCACAACAACAGGACGCCAUCAGACUACGACAUUCUACUGCCCCCACAAGCCCCUUCAGCAGAGGAUCUUUUCAACGCGCUCCCUCCAUCACAGCCUCCGCCUCCUCCACCCGUCAGACACAGCUUUCCAGAUGUCUCCUUAUCUCCGUCCUGCUCCAGAGCUGCUCGGCCCGUAUCUGGACACGACCACUUCCUCCUCAAUCCAGAUGCUUUCCUGGAUGCUCUGAGUAACUCCGUCCCUCUGCCUCCGGUUCGAAGACAGACAGGGGAGAACAUGAAGUCACCAGUCAGAAUAUCACAAGAAUAUGACCAGCUGCCUCCUACAUCAGUGUCCGGGGAUUGCCUGCAGGCACCCGCGCGGCCGCCAAAGCCCUUCCCCAGGAAGACCCCUCCAGACGUCCAGCACAGGAGGCCGCCCGAAUCCUCCCAGGAAAACGUGGACGCCAAGAUCGCCAAGCUGAUGGGCGAGGGCUAUUCGUUCGACGACGUGAAGAGGGCGCUGAUGAUCGCCCAAAACAAGGUGGACGUGGCGAGGAACAUUUUGCGGGAGUUCGCCCUGGUGGCCCCGAGACUCAACCUGUAGCCAAACGCCCAACAUCUCUCUCUUUUCUCUCUCUGUCUAUCUGUCUCUCUCUCUCUCUCUGAAUGACUGUCUGAUUCUGUCCUGAGAACUGGGGCUGCAGACGGUCAGCUUACAGGGCCAUUCCAGUACCUGACCUGGAUCAGAACGAGAUCUGGGACUUGGGACUUGCUCUCUGCGAGACUGGACGCAGGUCCAAGGAAGAGUCGUCAAUGUUUCUAAACACAAAAACCUGUGUGGGGGGGAGGGGGGGAGAAAAUAGCCUUGUGUUUACAGUUAUGUGCCGCGUGGUGGCUUACUGCUGCUGCUGUCUGCUGGGUCCUUGUCCAUUCGCUUUCAACUCAUCCAGUUCACAGAUCUCCAAAAGCAUUGGUUUAUGGCUCUGCUCCUGCAUUAUCCCUGGAUAGUUCAGUUUAGGAAUGUUAAGCGGAGUUGUUAGGGGGUCGCUGUUUCACGGUUGUCAUGUCAUUUGAUUGGAUUGAAUGGUUCCAGCACACUGGAGCAGGGUAGGAACCUGGAUUUCAGCAAAGUUAGCAAAUUUCCCUGCUCUAAUACAUCUGCCAAACCUGGCAGUUAAAGGAUAGAAGUUCCACAGCCCUGCGCUAGAGCAUCUUAUCAUUUUCUUUGUUUUUAAUUUCUUUUUCCAAGUAUGGUCCGAGAUCAGAACUGUCCAUCAGUUUGAUUGGAAUAUGAAAGGAGAACUCCGGUGUAAAAUUGACUUUUGGUGGUGUUGUAAAACAUGAAUUCUUGAAUAGCCCAUCUCUCCCGUUCUCCCGCAGCUUUCCGAGAUCUAGUAAUUGUGUGCAGUUUCUCCAAACAUGCUUUAGAAUAGAUGAUAUGGGGAAUAUUUUUCUCCUGCAGAUAAAUCGCUUUUUACACCACUGUCCAGUCAGUCUCAAAGCAGCUCCACACCUCGUUGGUAAAAUCCAGAGAGCAUUUAACAUUUAAAAUGAGGCAUUAAGAACUUUAAAAGAGAUCUAAUCUCUGUGCGCCACCAUCACUGUACUGAUCAUGAAUUUACUUUAAGAUGGCGAAACUGCACAAAAUUACUGGAUGUAGGAAAACUGCAGGAGAGCUUCUUUUGUUAUUUGUUGAGCUUUGCCUGAGCUUCUAAAGUUUUACCACACAGUCACGUAACUUAAGUGUACACAAUUUUGCCAUAAAAUCCACAAUGAAGUUAUUCACAGAUUAUUAUUAUUUUUUUUUUUUACUGGAAGUCUCACUGGGAAAGAUUAAAUUUACCAGAAUGUGAGUGCAGUGUUAUAUUAAGGUUUACUUUAGCUUCAAUCUGCAAGUGAGCACACAGCAAGGUGUUGUGUACUUUAAAUUACAUACACUUGUCCACAAAUGUUAUGUAUAAUAAUAAUAGAAAAAUAAUAGUUAGCAGGUACAAUAAAUGACAAUUUAACAUUUACACUGCUAUGUUUUGAGCUACACAAACUUAAGUAGUGUAAUGCAUGUGUAAUGUAAAAAGCCAGUUGUAGAAAUUGUGAGCUGUUUUAAUCCAUCCCAUUCCUGCAGAUUUUACAGUGGGGCUGAAAUAGCAUUUAAAAUAUACGGCCCUGGAAAAAAUAAUAGGACACUUCAGUUUCUGAAUCAGUUUAUCUGAUUUUGCUAUUUAUAGGUAUAUGUUUGAAUAAAAUGAACACUGUUGUUUUAUUCUAUAAACUACAGACAACAUUUCUCCCAAAUUCCAAAUAGAAAUAUUGUCAUUUAGAGCAUUUAUUUGCAGAAAAUGAGAAAUGGCUGAAAAAUAACAAAAAAAGAUGCAGAGCUUUCAGACAUCAAAUAAUGCAAAGAAAACAAGUUCAUAUUCAUAAAGUUUUAAGAGUUCAGAAAUCAAUAUUUGGUGGAAUAACCCUGUUUUUAAUCACAGUUUUCAUGCAUCUUAGCAUGUUCUCCUCCACCAGUUUUACACACUGCUUUUGGAUAACUUUAUGCCACUCCUGGUGCAAAAAUUCAAGUAGUUCAGCUUGGUUUGAUGGUUUGUGAUCAUCCAUCUUCCUCUUGAUUAUAUUCCAGAGGUUCUCAUCAUUUUAAGAGUUCUUUUAUUUUUUUCCAGAGCUGUAUGUAUAAUAUGAGCAUUUUAUGGACGAGGAUUAUCCUGUUGGAAUAGUGCACCAGAGUGCAUUUAGGAAAACGAAGGGCCGCUGGUUAGUUGACCAAGUACCUGUUAUGAAAUGUUAUGAAAUGUUUUUUUUUCCCCUUCAUUUAUAUCAGGCAUAUCCAGCAGAUGCCUCAAAGUCAUGAAUUGUCAUCACUUUAUAAAAAAGUGCUAAAAACUAUAAUAAUAAAACAGUUUGAAUACUAUUAAGUAAAUUCUGGAAAGGUUUGUUUUCACCACCUGUUUGCAUAGUCUUGCAUAGUCUAGUGAAUUAAUGCCGUGAAACAGUGAUUGUCAAACCUUAGCGACCCUACUGUCACACUCAGGCCCUGAAGAACCACAGAGUUAAUUGCUUUCUAACACUUUUGAAUUCACCUCGUGAAGUUCUUGCCAAUUAGCCAUGGAAUUGAUUGGGCAGUGUUAAAUGAGGUAAAAUGCUAAACUCUGCAGUGUUGUACCCCUCCAGGACUGGAGUCUGACACCUCUGGUGUCACAGCUCUGUGGUCAUCAGUUCUGCUGCUGGAGGGCUGGAGUCUGGCUGGCACACUUCGCUAAUUUCCCUGUUCUAACACAUUGCCUAAACCUGGGUAAUUACCUGCUGAGUGGGAUCAAGUGUGUUUGAGCAGAGCUGUGCUGGUCUCGGGGCCUUUAGGAGCAGAGCGGAGGACCAGUGCUGGUCUUGGGAACUCCUGAAACAGAGCAGAGCAGAGCGGGGGACCAAUGCUUGAGUUAGAAUUGUCUGAAUUGAAACGGAAAUGGAAUCGAACCCCACCCUGACUGUUGGUGUGGCCAGUGUGUUGUAGGCUGCUGUUGCCUCUCCUGCCACCUCUGCUGUUGCUGCUGCAAGCCUUAUCCUACACACACACACACACACACACACACACAUACACACACACAGACGUAUACACUCAUUGUCAAAAAAAAAAAAUGGUUGCAAAAAGUUUUUUUUUUUUUUUUUUCUCAAUACAUGAUUAAAAUUUGGGCAACACUUGUGUAACACAACAUUACCAGAGUCUCAGCAUGGAGUUGUAGAGGUUCCUAAUGUUGUCCUGUGAUAAUCCAACCUGUGCUGCUCAAAUAUUUACAGAAUUCCUGCAGAUAUUGCAGUAUUUUCUUAUAUAUCUAUAAAUGUAUUUCAAAGUUUUCUCAUUUUCUCCAAAUUUAGCUUGCCCAAUUGUCCCACCCAUUCAACUGCUAUUCAGCCGUAAAUCCCCAUCACUAGCGAUGCCUCAAUACAAGGAGGGUAAAGACUAGCACAUGCCUCCUCUUUUCAAACUGCUGCUGAUGCAGCAUUGCCAAGUAGCAUUACAGUGCACUCGGAGAAAACCGCAGCGACUCGGUUCCGAUACAUCAGCUCACAGACGUCUUGUGCUGAUCAACAUCACCCUUUGGAGUGAUGAGAGGAAAGAGAGCACCAUUCACCCACCCAGAGAGAGCAAGGCCAAUUGUGCUCUCUCGGGUCUCCCGCAGCUGAUGGCUAGCUGCAUGACCAGGAUUCAAACCAGUGAUCUCCGAAUCAUAGUGGCAGUGCUUUAAACCGCUGGACCACUCUGUGCCAGACUAAAAAAGCAAACCGUUGAUUUUGACCUUUUAUAUGAGUCAUUCUGUGACAGUUUGGCACGACUACCCACUAAGUUUAAUUCCUGUUGGUUGAUUCCUUCUGAGUGCAAAUAUUUUUUUUUUUGAUAAUGAGUGACACACACACACACAGACACACACACAUACAUACACUUUUAUAUAGUUUUACAGUUCCAUUUGAGUCUUGAUCUUGUGUUUUAUUUUCUGGGGAUCAUACAAGUCUUAAAUCAGACACAACUGUAUUUUUUUAUUUUAUUUUUCCAGAUUUUGUUUUUUUUCUUUUACCACCACUCCUUCCCUCUCUUCAAAGUGACAUUCUGUGAAAAGACAAACUCUACCAGCCUGCAGAGUAGAGUGCUUUUCUUUCUCUUUUUUUUAUACAGUUGCCUGUUUCACCUCUCGUUCCACAGCUUCAAAGGAGAUCAGUGUAUUUUUGUGGUGCUGUAAUCAGGCUCUGUCCACUCUGUAAAAAAGAGUCAAAAUAAGAGGUAAUGGACUACAGCCCACGCUCCAAAACCAGAUUCCGUAAUCACACAGCUCAACUCAAAAUCUCUCUCUAUCUCUGUCAUAAAGAAAGAGAAAGCCUCCUGCUGAGAUCUUUUCAAUUUCUAUUACGUUUGAUCAUUUAUAACACACGCAGCUCAUAUCGUACCGUACAGUGUUCACGCAGUCUUCUCUACAGGCCACGUUUCUCCCAGUGCUCCUCAUUUCUGGUCCCUGCCGGCUUUAUUCAGCACUCAGCAGUCAACGGCAUGGUAUUCGUGUGGUGUCAUAUACCCACAUCAGACUUUAUUAUUUAUUAAUAUUAUAUUUUUGUAGUUCUUCUUUAUAAAAAGCUUGAAUGCUUCAGGAAUGUUUUUCCUGUCGUUGGUUUCUCUCUUACCCACAGAAAAGCUUAGAGAAAGAUUACUGCAGUCUAGUGUGGCCGUAAGGUGGUCCAGCAAGAACGCCAGGUGUCAGCUAGUAGGGGCUUCUCUGCUUUUCCACACCAAGGAGCUGCUAAAACAUCAGUAACAUCAUCAUCAGUGCCAAAAACCUCUUAACGACUAUCUAAAAGUAAUGUAAAUGAUUGAAAUUAACAUAUUUACAUCCUUAUCAGACACUCCAGUGUUUAACCUAAUCUCUGUCUGCUGCAACUGUAGGUUAUGACUUAUUACACACAAUAUUAUACAGCAAUAAUGUGCAAAAUAAUGUUCAAUAAAGUUUAACUAUCCUAAAUUCAGUCGAACAUUUCUGUUUAAAAAAUUGAAUUUAAAAUUAAUUUUGUAAUUAUACAAAAGACUGGAAUGUAUUUUUAGUAUUUUGUAUAGUUAAAAAAAACUCAAUAUAAAAUGAAUAUAUAUAUUAAUCUUACAAAAUAAAGUUCCCCCUCAAUUUUAUAAUUUAGUGGCAUCAGUAUGUAUUCCUCAGUAUUAAAUCUAUAUUGUUAAAUGGCUUCAGUGUGUUCUCUUGUUGCCUCUAUAUAAUAUCUUGUGGCCUUAAUAUAUUAUGUGGAGGUCCAAUAUUUUCUUUUGUGGGCAUUAUAUAUUGUUUUCUGGCCUCAUUAAAUUAUAUGGUGCCUCACUGUACUAUUGUGUGGCCACAAUUUUGUAUUUUGGCUACAAUAUAUUAUCUUACAGGCCUCAGUAUAUUAUUGUGUGGCCACAAUUUAUUAUUUUGGCUGUAAUAUAUUUUAUUGUGGCCUCAGUAUAUUAUCGUGUGACCUCGUUAUAAUGUUUAGUGGCAUAAAGAAUUAUCCUGUGGCCUCAAUAGAUUAUCUUGUGACCUCUAUAUAUUAUCCUGUGGUCUCAAUAGAUUAUCUUGUGGUCUCUAUAUAUUAUUGUGUGGCCACAGUUUAUUAAUUUGGCAUCAGUAUAUUAUUGCGUGGCCUCAACAUAAUAUUUUGUGUCCUUGCUAUAUUACAUUAUGACAAAUAUAUUAUUUGUGGCCUCAAUAUUUUAUUUUCAGCUUCAAAAUAUGAGCGUGUUGCUUCUACAUAUUAAUGUGUGACUUCAAUAUAAUAUAUUGUGCCCUUGAUUUAUUAGAUUGUGCCCUCAAUGUAUUAUUUUGUGGCUUCAGUAGAUUAACUUUCUGCCUCAGUGUAUUGUUGUAUGGACUUCAUAAAUUAUUUGUUGGCGUAAUUAAUUAAUUACAUUGCCCUGUUGCAUUAAUAUGUUAUUUCCUGGCCUGAAUGUACUAGAGCAUCUCCAAAAAUUAGAAUAUCAUUGAAAAGUUACUUUAUUUCAGUAAUUCAGUUCAAAAUGUGAAACUCGUAUAUUUUAUAUAGAUGUAUUAAACACAGAGUGAUCUAUUUUAAGCGUUUAUUUUUUAUUAUUGAUGAUUAUGGCUUACUGCCAAUGAAAACCCAAAACUCAGUGUCUCAAAAAAUUCGAAUAUUAUAUAAGACCAAUUGGUAUUUUUGGCAGUGUGCCAAGUCCUGCUGCACUGACUUUAGACUUGAUGAUAAAACAGUGGAUCAACACGUACACUGCUGAAAGUACUAAUUGGUCUCAUAUCAUAUUCUAAUUUUCUGAGACAUUGAUUUAAUUAUUUUUUUUAUUGGCUGUAGCCAUAAACAUCAACAAUAAUUUAAAUAAAUGCUUACAAUAGAUCACUCUGUAUGUAAUACAUCUAUAUAUAAUAUGAGUUUCACAUUUUGAAUUGAAUUACUGAAAUAAAGUAACUUUUCAAUGAUAUUCAAAUGUUUGAGAUGCAGUAUUAUUAUCUAUUAUUAUCUUUUGGCUUCAACCUAGUUGAAUCAGUUAUACUCUACAGAUGUAGCAUAUAGAGAUCGGGUUGAAAUCACUGGAGUAUUCCUUAUAAUAACUCUCUAAAAAUGCUGUUUCUCAGAGAAGAGUCAGUGCAGAGACUCUUUAUUAGGUUUCUUUGAAUUCAUUAGACCUUCAGCUCUGUAAACACUCUGGUCUCCAACAUGCAGCGAAAAUUCAAUUCAGUCCUGACUUUUCUCUCCAGUUGCCAAAUGAAAGGUUUCUGAAUGUCUGAAUGUCUUUUAUUCACGUUCACAGAUUAGUUAUCCAGAGGAUGGUAAUUAGUAAUUAGGCAAGUCUUGGGUUUUUGGCUUUGCUCUCUGAUAUUCAGCAUUUUAAGAUUUCCUGCCUGAGGCUGUAUAAUGAGGAGAGAGCAGCCAUCAGUGGACAGCAAAUUAAGCAGGACACUCCAAAUUAAGGCCCUCCUCCUCCUCCUGCUCCUCAUUCCGAUGUUUUCACCUGCAGGUCCGGAUCAAGCGGACUUUAUUCCUCCGUCAGAGCGACCGUGAGCUUCUUCUUUAACGGUCAGAGCAGAUCAAAUAGCUACUAUAUUCAGGUUUAUAUUCAUGUAGACGGGAACAUGUUGGAUGAUUAAAAAAGUGACUGAAUGCUGUCUGUUCCACACAGUGAGAGAAAGAUACAGAACUAGAGAAAGAGAGAGAGAGAGGGAUGAGUAAGAAGAGGCUGUAGAGCAGGAGUGUCCAAACUAUUGAUAGUGAGCAUUUCUAGCGCAGAAAAACGGGCCAAAGAGUCUAAAAGCGGAGAGAGUGCGCAUUUCUAGCGCAGAAAAACGGGCCAAAGAGUCUAAAAGCGGAGAGAGUGCGCAUUUCUAGCGCAGAAAAACGGGCCAAAGAGUCUAAAAGCGGAGAGAGUGCGCAUUUCUAGCGCAGAAAAACGGGCCAAAGAGUCUAAAAGCGGAGAGAGUGCGCAUUUCUAGCGCAGAAAAACGGGCCAAAGAGUCUAAAAGCGGAGAGAGUGCGCAUUUCUAGCGCAGAAAAACAGGGCAAAGAGUCUAAAAGCGGAGAGAGUGCGCAUUUCUAGCGCAGAAAAACGGGGCAAAGAGUCUAAAAGCGGAGAGAGUGUGCAUUUCUAGCGCAGAAAAACGGGGCCAAAGAGUCUAAAAGUUGCCGUAAUUAAGGAGUUUAAUAUUAAGAGACAUCAUGAAAUGAAACAUCAAUUUGAAAAAUCUUAAAACACUGUCAAAGAUAAAGAGAGUAAGGCAAGUAAAAUGAUGUGUAAAUGAAAUAAUCAGGAAAAAAGUAUUAUUUAAAGUGGUAUAUUUCAUUGUUUGUUAGUGUCGCCUGUGACUUCAAAUAUAUUUCUCCUUCUGGCCCCCAACAAAAAAAGUUUGGACACCCCUGCUGUAGAGGCUACAGAGAGUGACACUCCACUUCUUCAUCCGCUGACUCUCUGACUCUCUUUUCGAGAUCUUGUAAGUGAUAUAUAUAUAUAUAUAUAUAUAUAUAAUAGCAGAUAAGAUCUUUGAUCUUCCUGAUCCUGUGUGAUCUUCCCGCAGUUUCAGAUCUGGCUUGGAUCAUACGCUCUCAGAUCUCCCUCUCGAAGCUUUGUUUUGCACCGGUCAUUCUCUCCUGAUCUCAGUUUCAACUCCCAAUUCAAGUCUCCAGCAGAGCGGACAGACGCGUCCGUCUGUCUGAAAACAGCCCAUCAGAAAGAAAAGUGGCCUUCGAUGGGUGUGAAGAGGGUGGGAUGAUUUCUGUUUUUUUAUUUUUUAUCCUUUUUUGUUUUUGUUUAUCCUCUUCUUAUUUUUUUAAAAAGCGAUUUUGUUCAUUCUUAGUGGAAAUGCCUUGUGGAUCAUGCAAUGUGUGCAAUUAAUUUAUACUUUGUUUAAAGAAAAAAAAUCCUGAGAUUAUUUUCUUUGUUCAGUAAUGAUGGUAACUUGUGAUCUGUUCUUGUGAAAAUGUUUUAUAAAAGCCAGUAUUAACAG